CCUGCUAUUUAUUCUCCCUUUACCUCCCACUUUCAGUGCCCAUAAGGGAGAAGCAAGAGAAAUGUGAGCUUUCUGUUACAGCGAGAGAGAGAGAGGAAGAGGAAGGGAGAGAGAGAGAAAUAGGUAGAUGAACAAACACGAUGCACAGACAGAGACACGAGGAGGCGAGUAAAAGAAGGAAGGAAAACAUGGAGAAAGUAGGAAGAUUAGGGUGGUGUAAAUAGAUAGAUAGAUCCUUUCAUCAGCUGCAAGUAAGGGAUGAAUCAUGAAGUCUCAGCAGAAGUGCAUCGUGAUUUUUGCCCUGCUGUGCUGUUUUGCUGUGCUGGUGGCGCUCAUCUUCUCCGCUGUGGACAUUUGGGGUGAGGACGAAGACGGCAUUACGGAGGACAACUGCAACAGGGACUGCAGAGCGGUUCUGGUGGAGAACAUUCCGGAAGACAUCGUCUUCUCGAACAGCACCGCGUCCCACCUCCCGCUGUCGGAAGGGCUCUUCGGCCUAUUGGAUAAGGCCAUUCGUGUUGUGGAGAUCGUUUCCCCACUGUGGCUCCUCAACUCCUCUGAAUACGAAUCCAGUUUCCAGCCAGCAGCUAGACAGGGCAGACUACUGCUGUCUAGGCUGCUGGCGUUGAAGUCCAGGAAAAUCCAAUUGAAGAUAUCCAGUGGGAUCGUGGACUCGGCGGAGCUCAAGAUGCUCGCCAGGCAUGGUGCUGAGGUGCACUAUGUGAACAUGACAGCUCUGACGAAAGGUCACCUCCACUCAUCUUUCUGGGUGGUUGACAGGAGACACUUCUACAUUGGCAGCGGCAGCAUGGACUGGAGAUCUUUGGCCACAAGAAAGGAGCUGGGUGUGUUGGUGUACAACUGCAGCUGUCUAGCUCUGGACCUCCAUAGGGUGUUCAACAUCUACUGGGGGCUUCAGUACAAGGAUUUCAUCCCUUCCUUCUGGUCCAAACGUCUUUUUGCCUUCUUUAACAAAGACUCACCUCUGAAACUCACCAUAAACAGCUCCAAGGCCCAAGCAUAUAUCUCUACCUCCCCGGAUGUUUUCAUUCCCAAAGACCGUAGCAGUGACCUUGAAGCCAUUUCGCAAGUCAUAAAGGAUGCCCGUCACUUUGUAUACAUCUCCAUCACAGACUACUUGCCCCUGCUCAACACUAGUGCUUACAGGUACUGGUCUCGUAUCGAUGGUUUUAUCCGGGAGGCUCUGAUCCUGAGGAGGGUACGCGUGCGUCUGCUGAUAAGUUGCUGGGAAGACACUCAUCCGCUGACUUUCAACUUUGUUUGGUCUCUGAGGAGUCUGUGUAUGGAGCAGACCAACUGCUCCUUGGAAGCUAAGUUCUUUAAUCCCAGAGUGCAGAGGGAUGGCAGUCUUCAAGAAAUAAACCACAACAGGUUCAUGGUGACAGAUAGAGACAUUUAUUUAGGUAAUCUGGACUGGGUUGGAAAUGAAUUCACCUACAAUGCGGGCAUAGGCCUGGUCAUCAGUCAGCCAGAGGGCGUUGAGGAGGAGAAGAACUCCACAGUUGUGGAGCAGCUCCGGACCACUUUUGAGAGGGACUGGUUUUCCAACUACGCUCGCUCGCUUCAGACCAACAAAAUUCCCAUCUGUAGCAAGCACCAGAUGAACAGAGCAGUACCAGCCAAAGGCAGGCAACUUGUCAGCGGGCCCGUCCCGAUCAAGACGAGUCGUCGCAAUAACCUUCCGGCUACCAUAAGACACAUUUCCAAAGAUGAUGGACUGCGUGGCAAAGAAAAUUGUUGCGAUGCACUUCAAAGCAAGACGAAUGGGCUAAUUUCAUUUGCAGAACACAAUGUCAGUCAUAUUGAACAAUCACAAGCACAAAUCAAAACGAUUGCAUGGGACGACCCAAAGGAACCCAAUAGGCAGUCACCUGAGAGCAGAGAGAUCCUUAAUGGAUCCCUAUAAAUGCGGAAUGAAAAGGGAUUCUUCACUCUGAAUCACUGGCUUUUUUGUAGCUUUUUUCUAGAACAUUUUUAACUCGCCCAGGACCCCAAUGAGGACACCGUAUAGAAAGUGGAUAGACAGUCGCAUCUUCAAUUACACAGAAUCUUCUGAUAAGCAAAGAUGUAGGUUUGGUCUCAACAUUGGUAGGGAAGAUGUAACAGCAUAACCUACAUGUACACUUUUCCCUGUGGAUGGGGCAUUAAUAAGACCAAACAGAUUGAACGGGGGUCAGGGCUACAUUUCUCACGAACUUGAACCUAAUUAGUUGAUAGGCUAAAAAAUCAAUACAAUAUACUGUAAAGCUGUAUUGACUACUAACUUUCAUAUGUAUUGGUUCAGGUGAUACACCAUUCGAUUCAAACCUGUGAUUUUAAAAACUACUAAAGAAACUUUUGAAAAUUUCCAGAACAAAUGUCUGGAUUUUAUUAGCAAAUUUACAUUGCAAUAUUUGAACAUAAAUUAUAUUACCAUACACAAUAAAUACAAACUUGUUAAUAUUCUCUUAACUAUCCAUGAGUGCAAAAAAUAAGCAUUUGUGGCGGCCGCCACAGAAAUGAACACAGAAAUGGUUCACCAGACACAAAAUCAAGUUCCUCCCAUGGCCAUCUCAGCCCCCAGACCUUGUUUUGUUGGCAAAAGGGGGUUGUACAAAGUAUUAACACCAGCGGUGCUAAUAAUUGUGACACACAUUAUUUGAUGUCAGAUAAUUUUUUCUUUAUGUGGGAUUUUUUCCCCACUGAAUUAAUGCACUUGUAUUGAAGGUUGGAUUUUUCUCUUUUUUUCCAUUAAGCUCCCAUAUUAUUUGAAUUAAAAAUAUAUUUAUUAGAAGCUAAAAAACACAUCUUUUUCAGGGGAACCAAUAAUUAUGGAGGGCACUGUAUAUAACAAGUCAUUAUAUAAUGCAAAUAAGGUUGCUCAAAAGUUAGUGGGGACAAUUUGAACCCCCUGAAAAGUUGGUAAUGUUAUGUCCCUACUGUCCCAAUGCAAACCUACGCCCUUGCUGAUGAGCUUCACAUUUCUUCCAAAUAUGGAUUAGUGUGGACUCUGGUGACCCUCAUUAUAUCAAAUGAGGGGACGAGUCAGCACAUGCCAUUCAAACACUAUUUAAUGUUAAUAUGCAUAUUAUAAAUGUAUUAUUGUUCACUUAUGUUCUGUCGAUGCCAGGUGAGUAUGUGCAAUUCGGGUGUCUGCUCAUUCAGGUUGUUUCAUGUGUUGAGUGAAUGUAAACAAAGCCAUAUCGGAUAGGAGGUCACUUGAAAUGUACCAGAUAGUGGAUAUUGGGCACCUGAACUUGCUGUGCAAAUUCAGCUGCCACAAAAACAAAGCAGUUGAGGACUUAGGGGACUUUUACUUUUAGGUCGAGCAUUAAUGUCAUGCCAUUACAUUAAAACACUUAGCAGUUUCACAGGCACUGUAUCUGCAUGGUUCUUAUGAUGUGUUAUCCAGCAUAUAUAGUUCUCAAUUCAUUCUUUUUGACAGUUCUGUAUAUGUCAACAGUGAUUUUUUUGGAUGAACAUGUUUUUUUUUCUAAUGGGAAAGUGUAAUUGUAAUUGACAUUUAUUGUCAUGGCUGCUUUGAGAAGUCUUGAUGACCCAUUCAUGGCUUAAUUGUAGUAUUAUAAUCCUGCUGCUGAGUUGUUUCAUCCAGGGCCCAGUGACCUUUAGACUGCAGACUUUAUAUAUUCCUUUGACUGCCUCAACAGACCAUGAAUAUAGUUAAAUGUGUCCGGGCUUAAUAGCUUUUUAAAAGAAAUUCAAAUCAGUGGAUAGUGGUGUUCUCAGGUGUCCAGUUUAGCCAUUUUUAGCUGAAACCAGACCUAAACAAUUAUUUUCUGCCGGGUAUAAAAUUGUAGUUCUUAACAGGCUCCAAAUAAUCAAAUUGAGACUUCUGGCGCUUUCACACUUGCAAUGUUUGGUCUGUUUUAAAUGGACCACAGUUCUUUUUCUCAGAUAAUCCGCUUCGUUUUGUAAAUGUGAACACGCAUCUGAACUCUAGUUCGGACCAAACAAACGAACUCACAUAAAUCGUGGGUCUUGGUCCGCUUUAAAGUGCAACCUGCUUCACUUGUGAAUGCAACAGGAGCAGGGUCUGCUUUUGCUACUUGAUGUGCAGCGUCACUGCCUGGAGCUGUGAUGCUCCAACUGCGAUGGUACACGGAGGGCAUCCUUGGAAGCAGAAGUGCCGCGAAGAUGCUAUUCAAAAUCAACAAUAGCAAGAUGACAGAUGAUUAGCCAGGGCCAAAUGUUGUUGUGCUGCGCUAAGCAGUUGCAUUUGAUACACGGAAUCGGGUUGUAAUGUGGCGAUUGUGUUGUGCAUGCUGUUGCUGAACAAACCGUGUGAGAAUGACUGGCCGAGACAGGCGGAGCCUCUCGUGGGUCUCGCUCUCCUGGAAGUGGCGACAAUUUGACAGUCCAAAAAGUCACGAAAGUGAGAACGAUAGCACACCUGUGUGAAUUGGGGUACCACAGGGUUCCCUUUCGUGGUUUAAUUUUCCCCAUGCAUUUUUUUUUAUAUACUCCAGUUCGCUUGGCAUUGAGUCAGAAGGGAGCGACCCCAGCGGCGACUUGCUAUGCUAUACUACUUCUUUUUUUUUCUCGAACUUACGUGCAUACAAAUUUCUGCUUCACAAAACAGUUGACACAAAGACGACACAGAUGCACGGUUAUCAUUGCAAAAUAAUAAAAAAAUAACUAAAUACUGUUUAACAUGUAUAAAUAAUACUAUGCUACAUUACGUGCAGCAUCACAGAAACACGCUGUGACGCUCCACGCUCCCUCGCCUCCCAGGAGGGAGGCAUUUCCUCUUCUAUUUGUCCAAUCAAUGAGUGCGCCUUUCGUCUACGUGAUGCUACUCGGAAAGUUCGGUUGGCGCAGUGUGAAUGCUGAACUUUUUCAACAACUCAUUUGCAGUGUUGCUAAUAACGGCAUUAGAAUAUAACGGCAUUACUAACGGCGUUAUUUUUUUCAGUAGUGAGUAAUCUAAUUAAUUACUUUUCUUAUCUUGGCAACGACGUUACCGUUACUGAGGCGGGAAAGGCGUGCGUUACUCUGCGUUACUAUGUUGGUAAAUGCGAGAAAAUUCUGAGAGAGACGGACUCACGGAGACUAGAGAGCAGAGCAGGAAUGGGGACGCCAUUGCAAAGGUGGCUCCAAUAAUACCUGACUGUAGCCGAUAGCCUACAAACUACGCCCACAUAAUGCUACGGUAGAAAUCAUAUAUUGUAGAACUAGACGCAAAUGACAGACACAGUGGCAUUAGCAACAUAUCUAAAGAACUAGAUGCGUUAUUAAACAGCCGCCAUCUUAAAGCAGUAGACCUCUUAGGAAAGCUCUGUUGUAGAGAACCUUCCUAGCGAACCUAAGUAACCUUUUAUCUAAAAUGCUCCUAAAUCGGCAAAAUCUCGACUUAAAUCUAUCUUUAAAUGAUGAAACAGUUUUAAAACUAACAUGUCGAAAGUAGACAGAAGGGAACUAAUGCAAUAUCGGGAGCAAUUUUAACAACUUUAACGGUCGAUUCAGAACAUUAAAUGACUUCCACACAUAGCAAAGGUUACUAUCUAGCAAUAUAGCAAUAUCCGCAAUACCCCAGUGUCUAGUUAAGUCUAGGGUAAAGAAUUGGGCUAGGGCCAGUUGUCACAAAAACCCUUUAAUUUUCGCAUUGUGUGACCUGUUUUUUUUUUUUGCCAAGUAACUAAUUACUUUUACAUUCAGGUAACUGAGUUACUAACGCAAUUACUUUUUGGGAGAAGUAAUUUGUAACUGUAAUUAAUUACUUUUUUAAAGUAAGAUUAACAACACUGCUCAUUUGCAAGUGUUGCUGCGAGGUAGCUCUCCAGCUGGUCCUUUUGGUCUAGUCUAGUGUGAAAGCGCCCUUACUGAGAAAAUACCCAGCGGACAGUGAAUAAAUUUGAAGUUUAAUAAGAAAUAUAUGCCUUAUUAUUUUGUUCAAUGUUAAAAAAUGUGGCACUGAAAAUGUUUUUGUCCCCUCCCCCCAGACAUCUGAGACAUAGAAGAGCUAAAGCAGGUGACUUAUUUAUGGCAAAAACCGGCUUUAAUUGACGUCUGCAAUGUGACAGCACCAUUCUGUAAACACGUAUUUGUGCCAACCUGUUGUGUUUUCGUCAUAGGAAAACACCUUAAAGUCACAACAGGGGUUUUAGUUGUUCCUUCAUUAUGCUUUUUUAACGCAAAUCACUUAGCUAUCACAGUUAAAAGGAGUGGAAAUGCCUUUAAUUUGUUCUAGGAAGUGAAGAUAUUUUAUUGACUCGCACCAGGCAUUUUUAAAAUAAGUUCACUGGCACUAUCUAGUGGCUACUCUGAGAACUGCAGAUGGUCAUACUGGAGACCCACUCAAAAGAUGAUCGUAUUUAUUGCAUGGUUAACCCCUUCUGCCCAAAAUGAAUUAAUAAAUCAUGGGUUUAUUCCUUUUGAGUCGGUAGAAUUUAAAUAAUAUAUUUAGUCUUAAUAUAAUCAUGUUUAAUACAGAAUAUUUACACACUUGCUAUGCUGACAGCUGGUCUGUUUUCCAGUCAUUUAAAAUAAACCUUCUUGCAAAUAUGUGAAUGGAAAAGAUGCAGAAAAUUACACUUAAGGGAACAAUAAGUCUGUUUGCUGUUUUACAGUUUUUAAUUCCAUGCAGCACUUUUUAAGAUUUUUAAACAAUUGUCUAUCUAUAUGCUAUUGAAAUAUUUUUUUUUUAGCAUGACUGCUGCUAGCUCGCAUGCCCUGCCUUCACUUGUGCCCAGUAAACGAGCCUUUCAAGUCAUAAGACAACAGUACCUUUAAAUCUCAAAAGGAAUGCCUAUUUAUCUUAAUACCUUUGUUAACACGCACAUAUAAUGGAUUGAAUGACUGCUGCAUUUUUACAGUUAAUAAAAAAUGUAUACUAUGUUUCGGUGUCCUAUGCUUGAAUAUACUGUGUGUUCCGUAAGGACCUAUACAUUUUCAUGGCAAAUAAUAAUAAUAAUAGAGUGGUACCUCUACUUGUGAAAUUAAUUGGUUCUGGAAGUAGUUUCAUACCUUGAAAAUUCUGUGAGCAGAGCUGUUUUCUCAUAUUUUCAGCAUAUUAAUAAAC